UCCAAAGCAUCGUGACGGGUAUGGUGCUGAAGAGCAGGUGAGAUCGGAGCAGAACCCAGAGGGAAAAUGCAGAAGAGCGUUCGCUACAAUGAGGGACACGCUCUGUAUCUGUCCGUGGUGGCGCGCAAAGAGGGCACCAAGCGCGGCUACCUCAGCAAGAAGACGACGGAAAACAGCAAAUGGCACGAGAAGUUUUUCGCCCUCUACCAAAAUGUGCUCUUCUACUUCGACUCUGAACACAGUGCUCGACCCUCAGGCAUCUAUCUCUUGGAGGGCUGCACAUGUGAACGAGUCCCGGCGCCUAAAGUGUCCACUGGGUGCAAGGAGACACUGGAUAAACAGCACUAUUUCCUCAUUGUGUUUGGCCAUGAUGGCCAGAAGCCUCUGGAGCUCCGUGCUGAAGAGGAAACAGAGUGUGAUGAAUGGGUGGAGACCAUCCAACAAGCUAGCUAUUCAGACAUUAUCAUCGAGCGUGAAGUGCUCAUGCAGAAAUACAUCCACCUGGUGCAGAUUGUGGAGACGGAGAAGGUGGCAGCCAAUCAGCUGCGCACGCAGCUGGAGGACCAGGACACAGAGAUUGAGAGACUCAAAGCAGAGAUUGUAGCCUUGAACAAAACCAAGGAGCGGAUGCGUCCCUAUCAAGUGAACCAAGACGAAGACGAUCCAGACAUCAAGAAGAUUAAAAAGGUCCAGAGUUUCAUGCGAGGCUGGCUGUGUCGGAGGAAGUGGAAGAUCAUUGUUCAGGACUACAUCUGCUCUCCUCAUGCUGAGAGCAUGAGGAAGAGAAACCAAAUUGUCUUUAACAUGGUGGAGGCUGAGACUGAGUAUGUCCACCAACUGUCCAUUCUGGUAAACUGCUUCCUCAGGCCUCUCCGCAUGGCUGCUAGCUCUAAAAAACCUCCCAUUAGCCACGAUGAUGUCAGCAGCAUCUUCCUCAACAGUGAAACAAUCAUGUUUUUGCACGAGAUAUUCCACCAAGGCUUGAAGGCGAGGAUAGCAAACUGGCCUACAUUGGUUUUAGCCGAUCUCUUCGACAUUUUGCUGCCGAUGCUGAAUAUCUACCAGGAGUUUGUGCGGAACCACCAGUACAGCCUGCAGGUUUUAGCGAACUGUAAACAGAACAGGGAUUUUGACAAGCUGUUGAAACAAUACGAGUCCAAUGCUGCGUGUGAAGGACGGAUGCUAGAAACCUUCCUCACGUACCCAAUGUUUCAGAUUCCACGCUAUAUUAUAACUCUGCAUGAACUCCUGGCUCAUACGCCACAUGAGCACGUAGAGAGAAAGAGUCUGGAGUUUGCCAAGUCAAAGCUUGAAGAGCUGUCCAGGGUAAUGCAUGAUGAGGUGAGUGACACAGAGAACAUCCGCAAGAACCUGGCUAUCGAGCGCAUGAUUGUGGAAGGUUGCGACAUCCUCCUCGACACCAGUCAGACAUUUGUGAGACAAGGCUCUUUGAUCCAGCUGCCCUCAGUGGAGAGGGGGAAGCUCAGCAAGGUACGACUGGGUUCUCUGUCCCUAAAGAAAGAAGGAGACAGGCAGUGCUUCCUGUUCACUAAGCAUUUCCUCAUCUGUACCCGUAGCUCAGGAGGCAAGCUGCACCUGCUCAAACAAGGUGGCGUACUGUCCCUGAUCGAGUGCACCCUCAUCGAGGAACCCGACACCAAUGAUGAAGACUCUAAGACCUCAGGGCAGGUGUUCGGCCAUCUGGACUUUAAGAUUGUUGUGGAACCUGCAGAUUCUCCUGCGUUUACAGUGGUGCUUCUGGCUCCAUCACGCCAGGAGAAAGCAGCCUGGACCAGUGACAUCAGCCAGUGUAUUGACAACAUCCGCUGUAAUGGCCUGAUGACCAGUGUGUUUGAAGAGAACUCCAAAGUCACUGUGCCACACAUGAUAAAAUCUGAUGCGCGUCUCCAUAAAGACGAUGUUGACAUUUGCUUCAGCAAGACGCUCAACUCCUGCAAGGUUCCCCAGAUCCGCUACGCCAGCGUGGAGCGGCUGCUGGAGAGGCUGACUGACCUGCGCUUCCUUUCUAUCGACUUCCUUAACACCUUCCUGCACACAUACCGCAUCUUUACCUCUGCUGCUGUGGUCAUGGACAAGCUGGCUGACAUCUAUAAGAAGCCCUUCACCUCCAUUCCAGUCAGGUCCCUGGAGCUUUUCUUUGCCACCAACCAGAACAACCGCUCCAGCAGCACGGGCAGCGAGCAUCCCAACGAAAAAUCUCCCCGACUGUGCAGGAAGUUCUCUUCCCCUCCUCCUCUCUCCAUCCCCUCACGUACAUCCUCCCCUGUGCGAGCCCGUAAGCUCUCCCUCAACUCUCCACUCAGCUCCAGGGUAGCUGCACUGGACCUGUCCAACCCCGUGUCCUUCUCCACCGCCAACAGCCCCACCUCAUCUAACCCCUGCACCUCGCCUCCUCCCUCCUCCAACAUCAAGUCUCCUCAGGAUCCUUCACCUGAGCAGAGUCCUGGUGCCAAUGAUGAGAGUGCAGACACACCACGCAUCGAUGCAGUCUCUGGGAAACUGCGCCGUAGCAUUCGCAGGGCUGUCCUAGAAUCAGCCUCCGUGGAUAAGUUCAUUCCUGAAUCUCCACAAGGCAGUGAAGCUGGAGAUCUCUCCCCCUGCAGAUCGCCCUCCACACCACGACACAUGCGCUUCAGAGGUCCCGGAGGUCAGACAGCAGAGAACUCACGUUGUUCAGUGUCUCCAGCUUCAGCCUUCGCUAUUGCAACAGCUGCUGCUGGCCACAGCAGCCCUCCAGUCUUCAACAACACAGAGAGAAUGUGUGACAAAGAGUUCAUCAUCCGGAGAGCAGCCACUAACCGGGUUCUGAAUGUCCUGCGCCACUGGGUCUCCAAACACUCCCAGGACUUUGAACUGAAUAGAGAAUUGAAGAUGGGUGUGAUGAGCCUUCUGGAAGAGGUGCUGAGAGAUCCUGACCUGCUCCCUCAGGAGAGGAAAGCCACCGCAAACAUCCUGAAUGCUCUUUCGCAAGAUGACCAGGAUGACACUCAGCUGAAGAUAGAAGACAUUCUGCAGAUGGCUGAAUGCCCAAAGGCAGAGUGCUUUGAAUCACUAUCAGCAAUGGAGAUAGCUGAACAGAUCACACUUCUAGACCACAUCAUUUUUCGAAGCAUCCCUUAUGAGGAGUUUCUGGGCCAAGGCUGGAUGAAGAUGGACAAGAAUGAACGAACUCCUUACAUCAUGAAGACCAGCCAACAUUUCAAUGAUAUGAGCAACUUGGUAGCCUCACAGAUCAUGAGCCACACAGAUGUGGGCUCCAGGUCGAGCUCCAUAGAGAAAUGGGUGGCUGUAGCUGAUAUUUGCCGCUGUCUGAACAAUUACAACGGUGUACUGGAGAUCACCUCUGCCCUGAACCGCAGUGCCAUCUACAGACUGAAAAAAACCUGGGCUAAAAUCAGCAAACAGACAAGAGCACUCAUGGAUAAGCUCCAGAAGACGGUGUCAUCAGAGGGGCGAUUUAAAAACCUGAGGGAAACCUUGAAAAACUGUAAUCCACCAUGUGUCCCUUACCUGGGCAUGUACCUCACAGACCUGGCAUUUAUUGAAGAAGGAACUCCAAACUUUACUGAAGAGGGUCUGGUCAACUUCUCAAAGAUGAGAAUGAUAUCUCAUAUUAUCCGUGAGAUCCGACAAUUCCAGCAAACUCCUUACAGAAUUGAGCACCAGCCGAAGGUGAGUCAAUACCUGCUGGAUAAGGCCUUGAUCAUGGAUGAAGACACCCUGUAUGACUUGUCUCUAAAGAUCGAACCCAGGCUUCCUGCUUGACCUGCCGACUUGACAUGAGACCUCCGACUCCCAAUCAUGCUUCUCUUUCGCAGGCUUUACUGAUGCCAUGAUUUUUGCCAUAGUAAAGCGUUACCAGUGUGGAGAAUAAGAGGGAAUGAAGAGCAGAAAGGCAUUGCUGAAGAUCAGUAACACAUGAGCUAAGUCCACUGCCACGGUGUUGCAAGUCAAGGCCUGUGAGUGAUCAGGUGAAAGCAGUGAACAUGUGGUGAAGAGAAUGGAGAAGAAAUGUAGCAUGUACAGCAGCAGAACUCUGUCCCAGAGGAGAGGGGUUCAGUACUGUUCUCUCAUAGCUCAUGCUGGUAACUUUGUGUGUGUUUAAGACUGUGGGUUCAGACUUCUCCCGUCUCUCCAAGUCUGAUGUCUCUAAGCUGCGUUGCCAAUGAGGACAUAUUUGGUACUUCCACGUGUUUGUUAUUUUGCCAGUCUCAGUACAUUUAUGUCUGUUUUGCCACAGGAGAGUUGCAGUGAACCAAAACACUAGAUUGUUACUUAACAGCGGAGUUUGUCAGGGGAAGGAAGUGGACUAUACAGUAGCUCUUUACAGAUUCUAGCAGGUCA